CUGACUCACUUUUCAUCAUUUUUUUCAUUUCCAAAACACCUCAUCUCUGUAAUCUCAACAAGGACACGGGCAUGACCACCAAACGCCAACAUGCAAUUCUUCUGCUCCUCUUAUUCUUCUGUUCUCACACUUUGUUCUCUCAUGCAGCCGAUUCCAUCACAGAGGACACAGUAAUCAGAGACAACGAUGGUGGUGACAAUUUGGUGUCCAAAGACCUCACCUUUGAAAUGGGUUUCUUCGGUUUGGAUAAUAAUAACUCUUCAAGAUACGUUGGGAUUUGGUACCACGAGAUUCCGGUCAAAACAUUCAUAUGGGUUGCAAACAGAGAAAAACCCAUCAAAGGAAGAGAAGGUUCGAUCCUAAUACAAAAAAGCAACGGCAACUUGAUUGUUCUCGAUGGAGAGAACAACGAGGUGUGGUCAACAAACAUGUCAGUUCCAAGGAACAACACAAAGGCUGUUCUUCGUGACGAUGGAAACCUCGUUCUCUCAGAACACGACAAGGAUGUUUGGCAAAGCUUUGAGGACCCAGUUGAUACAUUUGUGCCGGGUAUGGCACUUCCAGUGAGUGCUGGAACGAACAUAUUCAGGUCAUGGAAAUCAGAAACGGAUCCUUCACCGGGAAACUACUCAAUGAAGGUUGACUCUGAGGGGUCAACGAAACAGAUUUUGAUUUUGGAGGGAGAGAAGAGAAGAAAGUGGAGAAGUGGUUAUUGGGAUGGUAGAGUUUUCACUGGUGUCUCCGAUGUGACAGGAAGCUCUCUAUUUGGCUUUACAGUCAUCACAGACACUAAAGGAGAGGAAUAUUUUACAUACAAAUGGAAUAGCCCUGAAAAAGUGAGGUUUCAGAUAACUUGGGAUGGGUUUGAGAAGAAGUUCGUGUUGGAUGCAGAUGGGAAACAAUGGAAUAGGACACAGUUUGAGCCUUUUGAUGACUGUGAGAAGUAUAACUUUUGUGGUAGUUUUGCAGUGUGUGAUACGGGUAAUUCUCCUUUUUGUAGUUGCAUGGAAGGGUUUGAGCCAAUGCAUUGGGAGGAGUGGAAUAAUAGGAAUUGGACAAGGGGGUGUGGGAGGAGGACUCCACUGAAGGCUGAGGCUGAGAGAAGUGCUAAUAAUAGUUCUUCUGGAGCUGAUCGUGAGGUGAGUGUUGGAGAAGAUGGUUUCUUGGAGCAAAGGUGUACCAAGUUUCCGGAUUUCGCACGGUUGGAGAAUUUUGUUGGUGAUGCGGAUUGUCAGAGGUAUUGUCUGCAGAAUACUUCUUGUACUGCUUAUUCAUAUACUAUUGGAAUCGGGUGCAUGAUUUGGUAUGGAGAGUUAGUUGAUGUUCAACACUCUCAAAAUAAUCUUGGAAGUUUACUCCACAUCCGUCUUGCCGAUGCUGAUUUAGGCGAUGGGGGGAAAAACACCAAAAUUUGGAUAAUAUUAGCUGUUGUGGUAGGGCUGAUCUGCAUUGGAAUCGUUGUAUUGCUGGUAUGGAGGUUUAAGAGAAAACCUAAAGCAGUUUCCUCAGCUUCUGGUUUCAACAACAAUAGCGAAAUACCAGCCUUUGAUCUAACGAGGAGUACAGACUUAUCAGAAAUUUCAGGUGAGUUAGGCUUGGAAGGGAAUCAACUAAGUGGAGCAGAACUUCCAUUGUUCCAUUUUAGCUGCAUUCUAGCAGCAACAAACAAUUUCUCGGACGAAAAUAAGCUUGGACAAGGGGGAUUUGGUCCUGUCUACAAGGGGAAAAUUCCAGGGGGAGAGGAUGUAGCUGUCAAGAGGCUUUCAAGAAAGUCUAGCCAAGGUUUAGAGGAGUUCAAGAAUGAAAUGGUGCUCAUAGCCAAACUGCAACAUAGAAAUCUGGUUAGACUAUUGGGGUGUUGCAUUCAAGGGGAAGAAAAGAUACUGGUAUAUGAGUACUUGCCAAACAAAAGCUUGGACUGCUUUUUAUUUGAUCCGGUGAAGCAAACACAACUAGAUUGGGCAAAACGCUUUGAAAUAAUCGAGGGCAUUGCAAGAGGGCUACUUUAUCUGCACCGGGAUUCUAGACUUAGAAUAAUUCAUCGUGAUUUAAAAGCAAGCAACAUUUUGUUGGAUGAAAGCAUGAAUCCAAAAAUUUCAGACUUUGGCUUGGCCAGAAUAUUUGGGGGAAACCAAAAUGAAGCCAACACAAACAGAGUGGUUGGUACAUAUGGUUAUAUGUCCCCAGAAUAUGCAAUGGAAGGUCUGUUUUCAAUCAAAUCUGAUGUCUAUAGUUUUGGUGUAUUGCUACUUGAGAUUAUGAGUGGCCGCAAGAACACAAGCUUUCGUGACACAGAUGACUCAAGUCUCAUUGGAUAUGCCUGGCACCUUUGGAGUGAGCAGAGAGUAAUGGAGCUUGUUGAUCCUUCCCUUGGUGAUUCAAUUCCUAAGACUAAAGCGUUGAGGUUCAUACAAAUAGGGAUGUUAUGCGUGCAAGAUUCAGCAUCUCGUAGACCAAACAUGUCAUCUGUGUUGUUGAUGCUGGGAAGUGAAUCAACAGCUCUACCUUUGCCUAAGCAACCUUUGCUCACUACUUCCAUGAGGAUACUUGAUGAUGGAGAAUCUUAUAGCGAAGGCCUUGAUGUGUCAAAUGAUUUGACAGUUUCAAUGGUGACAACAGGGAGAUAGAAGUGUUAAUUACAUUUUUUGGUUUUUCCCAUUCUGUUUAGCUUUGUUUAGACUCUUUUCAAUCUACAAAAGUUCACAGCAAAAAGUUUUCCUUUUAAUUUUACCUCCCAUUUGAAACAAGCCUCUUAAUAUUGAGUCUAUUGUAUAUACUAUAAUUUAUAAACCAAAAUAUCUUUUGAGAGUCCAAAAAAGUGCCUUGAUUCCUGGUCAUUGAAAGAAUUCUUCUAGGUUGAAGGUUCUCAUGUGAGGAGAUCAUUGGAAAAGUAGCGGAAUCUGUGGUUAGCAGUUGCAUUUUGAUUAGUUUUUUGAGGCGUGAUUUUGAUAUACUAUCAUGUAUAAAGUUGUAUAUUGUUCACAAUUAUUAUAUUCUUGGGAGAGCAUCUUCAUUUUUAAAUGUCUCUUUGUUGAACUCUUGUAUGACUAGUUUCGUACAUGUCUCCAAAUGGCAUUUGUAUUUUGAUUUUUUUAUUCUUUCUAGACAUAGUUUUGAUAUACUACCAUGUAUAAAGUUGUAUAUUGUUGACAGAUUAUUAUAUUGUUGGAAAAAUAUCUUCA